CCCUCCCCACCACUGCCUGUUUAUCCCUGGGUCUUUCAUAAAGACAGGACUCCAUCUUGACUUGUUUCAAUUUUCCACUGUUAUUCUUGUCGACUUGUUACUCUGUCUCAUCGACAGUCUGGUCGUCAAUCUCUCGGACUCUAUACCCCUCAAUUGGCCCUUGAACCACCCCUCCUGCCUGCGGCUGGCUAUUGUUGAUAAGACAACACCGCCGCCACCACUGCCUCCUCUCGCCUUCCUCUAUCCUUCAUCCUUGCCUUCCUAAAACAACAGUCAAUAUGGUUGUGUCAUCCUCCAAGGCUGCCCGUUUGGCCAAAAAGGCCGAAAAGGGAGACAAGAAGACCGUUGCCUCCAGAGUUUCUUCCAAGGCUGGCUCCAAAAACCCCUCCACCGCCGGCUCCAAGGCUUCUUCCGUCAACGGUGAAGAGGAUGAAGAUGACGCCCCCGCCACAUCCGUCGAUAAAAUGGACAAGGUCAAACAACUAACUGAUCAACUGGACAAGCACGGUCUAUCUGAUCGAGUCACCACCGGUGUAUUGGCUUCCGUUGAGUCUAGCCGGGACGUCAAAAUCAUUUCCGCAUCUCUUGUGUUUCACGGUAGGGUCUUGAUCUCGGACUCGACCCUCGAGGUCAAUGCCGGCAGACGAUAUGGUCUCUUGGGAGAGAACGGCUGCGGCAAAUCGACGCUGCUCAAAGCCAUCGAAAAACGAGAAUUUCCCUUCCCCGACCAUUUGGAUAUCUACCUCCUCAAUGAGGGUGCUCCUCCCACGGACCAAGGUGCUUUGGAAUGGGUUGUCAAGGAAGCUGAGAAAGAAGUCAAACGACUUGAUGACCUCGCAGAGGAAAUCCUGGAGAGAGAGGGCCCUGAGAGCCCUGCCCUUAUGGAUGUAUACGAGCGCUCCGAAGCAAUGGAUCCCAAUACUUUCGAAGUCCGAGCCUCACUCAUUCUAACCGGUUUGGGCUUCAACAAAAAGACCAUCCACAAAAAGACCAAGGACAUGUCUGGUGGGUGGAGAAUGCGUGUGGCUCUUGGCCGUGCUCUGUUCGUCAAGCCUUCUCUGCUACUCCUCGAUGACCCAACUGCCCAUUUGGAUCUCGAAGCCUGCGUGUGGCUGGAAGAAUACCUCAAGAAAUGGGACAAGACCUUGAUUCUUGUUUCCCAUUCCAUGGAUUUCUUGAACGGAGUGUGCACUACCAUGAUCGAUAUGCGCCAACGACAAUUGAUGUAUUAUGGUGGUAACUACGAUUCCUAUAUCAAGACCCGAACUGAGCAAGAAGUCAACCAACAAAAGGCAUACGUCAAGCAACAAGAAGAAAUUGCACACAUCAAAAAGUUUAUCGCUUCCGCCGGUACAUAUGCCAACUUGGUCAGACAAGCCAAGUCCAGACAGAAGAUUCUCGACAAAAUGGAGGCAGAUGGUUUCAUUCAGCCCGUUCAUCAAGACCGUGUCUUCACUUUCAGAUUUGCCGAUGUCGAGAAACUGCCGCCUCCAGUCCUGUCGUUCGAUGAUGUCACUUUCAGCUACUCUGGAAAGAAGGAAGACAACCUUUACGAGAACCUCGAUUUUGGUGUUGACAUGGACAGUCGAACCGCGCUCGUCGGACCCAACGGUGUGGGCAAAUCUACAUUGCUACGUAUCAUGACGGGCAAACUCAGUCCCACCAGUGGAAGUGUCAGUCGGCACACACAUUUGAAACUCGGCCUCUAUUCGCAGCAUUCUGCUGAUCAGCUGGACUUGACAAAGUCUGCCUUGGACUUUGUUCGGGACAAGUACGCUUCCACUUCUCAGGAUUAUCAAUACUGGAGACAACAACUUGGCCGAUAUGGACUGUCUGGUGAAGCACAGACGGCUCUGAUGGGCACACUAUCUGAAGGGCAACGAUCUCGUGUUGUAUUUGCUCUUCUUGCUAUUGAAAGCCCCAACAUGCUGCUACUCGAUGAACCCACCAACGGUCUUGAUAUUCCCACCAUUGAUUCGCUGGCUGAUGCCAUCAAUGCCUUCUCCGGCGGUGUGGUCGUUGUUUCCCACGAUUUCCGACUUCUCGACAAAAUUGCAAAGGACAUUAUGGUCUGCGAAAACAAGACGGUGCGCCGAUGGGAUGGCUCAAUCGGAGAAUACAAGAACCAUCUGCGGAAAAAGAUGGUCUCUAUGGGACAGGUGUAGAGUCUCAAUCUGCUACUGCCGAGUCAUUUCUGCGUCAUAUUUUGAUGAAUGGCCUGUUGUGAUUGGCACACCGAUUGAUUGAGGAAAAUUCCUCGAGAGGGAUUUCUCCAGGGAGAUGUGUGCAUCUGAACUUCAAAAUUGCAAGACAUACUGGUUCGCCCAUCUCGCAGCACUGCAGGCGUUUGGGAUAGAAUGAUUGAUGAUGCAGACGAGGGAUUUCUCGGAUACCUGACUAUGAAGUCCACUCGAUACCAUGAUUCCCACAAGACGAGACGAGACGAGACGUGCAACGCCCAUGACUUGGACAUCUCGAUAGACGUUACCAGACUAGGUUAUCCAAGAUUCGAGAAGUUCAUGCCGGACCUCGCUGACCAGGAAGACAUGUCAUGAGGGAUAUGGGGGAACGGGAGACUUCCCUUUGAUCUGCAAUGAUGCCCAGAGCACUGGGUAUCACAUAGCUAUGACGCAUUGAUAGAAGAAGACCAUAGUUUUUGCAAUGGUCCAAAAGAACAAUCCACACUUCUUUCCAAAC